AUGAGCCCGUUGCCUUCCUCGUCUCUCCCCCCCAUCCCUCCCCCGAUUCCCGUCGAGACGCACCCGAAUCGAGCGAGCAGCCUGAAGGCAUCAUCUCCUUCGCAGACACGGUCCCUUCCCGACCCGGAUCGGCUUGCACCCGAGGAUGCGUACUCGGCUAAAUCUCUGGGUGCGAAUUGCGAUCUCCGUAUCCGAUCUUUGAAUCGCAAUGAUGUCUCGGUCGCUGCGUUGCGACAACCGCCUGCCGUGCCGCCUUCGGAUCCUACGCCCAAGGAGCUACGGAAAGUGAAAGGGGGGAGUAGACGGAGGACACGGAAAGGCGCCUGGAAGAAACUUCUAUGGGUGAAACAGUCGUAUCCUGAUAACUAUACCGAUACUGAGACCUUCCUGGACCAUCUCCAGCGGAAUCCACGGGUGCGUCCGUACGAUUUUUGGCCCCUUGUGGCGGACUCUACGGUCAUUGUUCAGCAUGUUUCGUCGGUGGUUAUCUUUGUCUGCUGUUUCGUCGGCAUUGUCCAGGAGCGAGUCAGUCCUGUGUCGGUGGUCUGCUGGGGUACCGUGGCGACGGCAAUGGGUUGGGUGCUGUGGGAUUCGUGGGUUUGGAAAGAACAUGAUGCAGCUUCGAGGGCUGCGCAAGCUGCAGAUGGUAUCGCGGAUGGCGAUGACGGUUCUAGUUCUGGCUCUACGGUGAGCUUGGUCAAUCCGUCUGCUCGGACUAACCAGAAGGAAAACCAGCCCAAUGGGAAAGACCCAGAUCGACAGCUGCGACGUUGCAGUAUGGGCCUCAGCGGGGAUUCUUACGAGGUGCCGCCAGAGCCUACUACCUCGCACCCCGCCACUCCUACAGCGAAUGGAGCGCCUGACGGUAGUUGUCUUGCCCAGCAUCAUUCUUCGCGUGUGGCAGCGGCGAAGCCUGGACGGUUAUCGUCACGGAGCCGGCAGCGUUUGACGACACUUAAAUCGGCACUGAUGAUUUACUUCUCGCUGCUUGGUCUCAGUCCUAUCCUCAAAUCGCUCACUAAGUCUACUGCCAGUGACUCCAUCUGGGCGAUGAGUUGCUGGCUCCUCAUCAUGAACAUAUUCUCCUUCGACUACGGCAGCGGGGAGGGCGCGGGCGCCACCAAAUUCCCAGCUUCCCUCUCUACCAAUGCAGCCGUGAUGGCGUCUACCGUGCUUGCUUCACGUCUGCCGUCCACAACGCACGUGUUCAGCUUGAUGCUGUUCUCCAUUGAAGUCUUCGGCCUGUUCCCCAUCUUCCGUCGACAGUUGCGGCAUACAUCUUGGACGGGACAUGCCGCGCUGACAUUGGCCCUGGUGAUCACAGCCGGAGGAGCCGUGGGGAUCACUCUAAGAGGAGGCUGGGCAUCCGCGAUUGUCGGAUCGUUCCUGGGAAGCAUCCUGACCGCAUUCUCCAUGGGAGGCUGCAGCUGGUGGCUGAUCAGUUUGCAGAAAUACAAGAAUGUGGUGACGGGGCCUUGGGAUCCGGCACGGCCUAUUCUGCGGCGGCGCUGGGAUUGA